AUGGUGCACUUGAUUGCCAAUCAUCGUGGGUUAACGGAAACAGUAAAGAUUCAGAUAGAUGGGAUACAAGCACAUGGUAUUGCAAUGUCUAAGAUUGUAGGGUACAUGGCUGGUAUGGCCGGUGGCUAUUCAUUGUUGGGGUUUCUAAAGAAGGAUGUCUAUAACUACACUGACAAACAACGGCGUAUUAAAAUAGCUGACGGUGAUGCUAAUUUUGCAAUAGUGUAUCUUGAGAGAAAAGCCGAGCUAACGAAUCUGAUUUGGGCAAAUAGAUCUAGCAGAGUUGAUUACCAAUACUUUGGUAAUAUAUUGGCGUUUGAUUCAACAUACAAGAAAAACAAAUAUAAAAGACUGAUUGUGAUUUUUUCUGGAUCAAACAAUCACAAGCAGACCACCAUCUUUGGGUUUGGGUUGUUGCUUGAUGAGAGUGUUGCUUCCUAUCGGUGGAUGUUGGAAAAUUUGAUGGAGAUCAUGUGUGGUAAGAAGCCGGCUGUAGUUGUGACUGAUGACGACAAGACUAUGAUAAAAGCAGUUUUCGAAGUGCUUCCCUCUGUGACCCAUCAUUUGUGUGCAUGGCAUGUGGAGAAAAAUGUCACAUCUAAUGUAAAGGGUGAAGAAUUACUUGGGUUAUUUAGAAGAUGGCUGUAUGCAGAAAUGGCGACAGAUGACAUCGAAUCCGAAUGGGAGCAGGCUGCCGAUGAGUAUGGCCUACGCGAAAAGCAAGGGUCAUGCCAGAUGUAUGAUAAAAAGAAGAUGUGGGCAAGUGCUUAUCUGCGUGACAAGUUUUGCGCGAGAUAUCGGACAACAUCUAGGUGUGAAGGCAUUAACGCAUACAUGAACAAGUUUUCAAAGUCCACCCACACAAUUUACGAGCUGGUUCAAAGCUUGGAGAUGGUUGCCCGAGAGUUUCGGAAUAGGGAGUUGCUGCUCUAG